UUCUCCGUCUCUUCCUUGACUUUCGAGAAACCGCGUUUCCGCUUCUGGCCACAGAGACCUUGGAGCUGAGAAGAUAAAGGGCACGGAGGGAAGAUGGGCUCCUGUGGAAGGGGACUCAUGCUGGCGUGCUGCCUGCUGCUGGCCUUUGCCUGUGGCCCAGUCCUGAGCCGUGUGCCACGUGGCCAGCAGGAACAGCAGGAGCAGGAGGGGACCUUGGAGCCACCGCCACCACUGGACGACGCUGAGAGCUCUAGAGGCCCGGCAAGAAGAGCCACCAGCCCGAGCAUGGUGCAGUGCCGCAAGCUGCCGCGAGGUGGUAGCAUGGCGCUGCCAGCGUCCAGCCCGCUAACCCCAGAUCCUUCAGCUGUCAGGCUGGAAACAGAGUCUCCAGUGGCUGCAGCCCUGGGGAAAUCUAAAGACCAAGUGGAACCCUGUGAGAAAGGUGACCGUGGAGAUCGAGGCCUCCAAGGGAAAUAUGGCAAAACAGGCUCGGUGGGCGCCAGGGGCCACAGUGGACCCAAGGGGGAGAAAGGAUCGAUGGGGGCUCCCGGGGACCGGUGCAAGAACCACUACGCGGCCUUCUCAGUGGGCCGGAAGAAGCCCCUGCACAGCAACGACUACUACCAGACGGUGAUCUUCGACACGGAGUUCGUGAACCUCUACAGCCACUUCAACAUGUUCACGGGCAAGUUCUACUGCUAUGUGCCCGGCAUCUACUUCUUCAGCCUCAACGUGCACACCUGGAACCAGAAGGAGACGUACCUGCACAUCAUGAAGAAUGGGGAGGAGGCGGUGAUCCUGUACGCCCAGGUGAGCGACCGCAGCAUCAUGCAGAGCCAGAGCCUGAUGCUGGAGCUGCGGGAGCAGGACGAGGUGUGGGUGCGCCUCUUCAAGGGCGAGCGUGAGAACGCCAUCUUCAGCGACGAGUUCGACACCUACAUCACCUUCAGUGGCUACCUGGUCAAGCACGCUGCUGAGCCCUAGCUGGCCGCCGCCCCUGUGCCCGCCAGAGGCUAAGCUCCUGUCCUCCCGCCCCCUGCGCACCCCUGCAGCGUGCAGACCCCGGUCCGGCACCAGCCUGACCCCAUCGCCUCUCCCCCCAUCCUGGUUUCCUUGGCCUCUGCCUCCCCAGCUCUGGCCUUCAACAAGACGCCCUUCGCGGGGUGGGAAGCCAGAACGGCCGCGUGGUCCCAGACCUUGCUGGCUCCAUGGAGAGCCAACGGCGAUGAAGUCACCAGGGUGGGGCGCGUGUGAGGACAGUGGGGACCUCAGCUCCCCUCUGUGUAUGUGUCCUUAAGUGACCCAUGCGGUGGUAGGGUGUCCCAGGGUGUAGCUCCCCUGCUCCUGUCACUGGAAAUAAUUAAGCAAAUUCUGAAGGUCGUGAAAGGAGCAGAGUAAACCGAGGAGGAGAAAGGAGAGCUUGUUAUGCUGGCCUCCCAGCCAGCCCGCCUGCUCCCAAGGGAGAGUCGUUUUUGCACGAGGUUGCAUGAGGCUCCACUUGAAAGAAGAUCUCAAGUGGAAGCCGUGGGCGGAGGAGGAGGGGCCUGGGGGUGUGAGGGGACCAGGAAACCUCAUCUGGCUUAAUUCUUUUAGGCCACCCCCAAAACCUUCUUGGGGGACAGCUGGAUCCGUGUCUUGUUGAUAUCCCUGCGUCCUUGCCCGAGGGCUCAGCUGGUCUUUCUGAGCCACACGUGAGCAGGUUGGGGCUAGGGCUACACACGUCAACCCCCCAGGGGGAUGGCUGAGCCCCCUGCCACUGGCCCUGGGCUGGUGGAAGCAGCCUGCUCACUUGAGCCAGUGGGCUCCUGACAGCGGCUGGGGACCUCAGGGACCCCCAGAUCUGCAGAUGUUUCUACAAGGAGGAGGGCAUGCCUCUGCUCCACUCCUCCAUGCCGCCCUCAGCCCCGGGUGGGGUCUCCGUGCCUGCCACCCUGGCUGGCAUGGGCUCUCUGCUCCUCCUCCCAGGUGGAUCAGCCGUGGAGGGCACUGGGGCCUUCAGUUUUGUUUUCUGUCAAACCACC